AUGAUGCAAGAUGGAUCUUGUUCUAUCGUUGAUCAGAGAUUUCUCUAUGAAAAAUACGAAUCGGAGUUUGAAGAAGGGGAAGGAGAAGCAGUCCUCGACCCGGAACAGAUAGAGGAGGAUUUAUUCAAUCACAUAGUUUGGGCUCCUAGAAUAUGGCGCCCUCGGGGCUUUCUAUUUGAUUGUAUCGAAAGGCCUAAUGAAUUGGGAUUUCCCUAUUUGGCCGGGUCAUUUCGGGGCAAGCGGAUCAUUUAUGAUGAAAAGUAUGAGCUUCAAGAGAAUGAUUCGGAGUUCUUGCAGAGCGGAACCAUGCAGUACCAGAGACGAGAUAGGUCUUCCAAAGAACAAGGCUUUUUUAGAAUAAGCCAAUUCAUUUGGGACCCCGCAGAUCCACUCUUUUUCCUAUUCAAAGAUCAGCCCUUUGUCUCUGUGUUUUCACAUCGAGAAUUCUUUGCAGAUGAAGAGAUGUCAAAGGGGCUUCUUACUUCCCAAACAGAUCCUCCUACAUCUAUAUAUAAACGCUGGUUUAUCAAGAAUACGCAAGAAAAGCACUUCGAAUUGUUGAUUCAGCGCCAGAGAUGGCUUAGAACCAAUAGUUCAUUAUCUAAUGGAUUUUUCCGUUCUAAUACUCUAUCCGAGAGUUAUCAGUAUUUAUCAAAUCUGUUCCUAUCUAACGGAACGCUAGUGGAUCGAAUGACAAAGACAUUGUUGAAAAAAAGAUGGCUUUUUCCGGAUGAAAUGAAAAUAGGAUUCAUGUAA